CUAAAUUUGGAGGGGCGUAGAAAGGAGGCCAUAUUGUACAGUUAAAUUGAAAGAAAGAAAAAUAAUUCUGUUGUACUAUCGUCUCGUGACCCAGGGGCCAGAGCGACUUGGGUAGACAAGAAUAUAAAUUUUACCGUAGACAGAAGAGCAAGAUAAAGAGAGACAAAGAUACAGGAACUAGUGCUCAAGUUUAUUAGAAACACACACAUACACACACUGUAAACCCGAACAAGAAUCCUCAUAGAUUUGUCCAUUGUGUAUAAAUAUAUAUAUUUAUAUAUCUAUCUAUAUACAAUAUACCUACUCAGUGAUAUCUAUAAUCAAUUAGACGUCGAUUUGUAGCCGUGCAUACGUUCCUCGUAUUCUCGCUGACAACGAGAUGGGCACCAGAGACGACGAGUACGAUUAUUUAUUUAAAGUGGUUCUUAUCGGAGACUCUGGAGUAGGAAAGAGUAAUCUUCUGUCGAGAUUCACCCGCAAUGAAUUUAAUUUAGAAAGCAAGUCGACAAUUGGAGUUGAGUUUGCGACACGAAGUAUACAAGUAGAUGGCAAAACUAUCAAGGCCCAAAUUUGGGACACUGCUGGCCAAGAACGUUAUCGAGCCAUAACUUCUGCGUACUAUCGUGGAGCUGUGGGUGCAUUGUUGGUGUACGACAUUGCGAAACAUUUAACGUACGAGAAUGUCGAGAGAUGGUUACGAGAAUUACGAGAUCACGCAGAUCAAAACAUAGUAAUAAUGCUUGUGGGUAACAAAUCUGAUUUGAGGCAUCUUCGUGCUGUACCAACUGACGAAGCUAAAGCAUUUGCUGAGAGAAAUGGUCUUUCAUUUAUUGAAACAUCUGCUCUCGAUUCUACAAACGUUGAAACGGCCUUCCAAAAUAUAUUGACUGAGAUUUAUAGAAUUGUCUCGCAGAAACAGAUAAGAGAUCCGCCCGAGGGUGAUACCAUUAGAGCACAAAAUGUCGAACCGAUUGACGUUAAGCCGACAAUGAGUUCGGAUGGAAUGCGUAAACAAUGCUGCCAGUGACUCGCCGCACUGUUUUACACAAUCAGUAAUAAUAAGGGAGGAAAAAUAAAAGUGGUAGCUGGUGAUAAAUAUUGCAGGUGUGUAACAGUACGAGAACUAAGACUAUGUGUGCGGGCCUGUACUCUCGUACGCUAAGUAACGAGGAUCUCUUUGCCUCAGUUUAAAAAAUAUUUAAAAAAUAAACUAAACUUCGGGGGAUGCUACAGACAAUUGACCUCAAGGACACUGAAAUUCAAAUGAUAUCUCGCUCGUGAUCGUGGCCGCAUUUUGCGAGCGGUCUGCAAUUUUAUUUAAUUGUCGCUCGUACGCGUACAACGAACACUUGUUACUGUUGUCUUGCACAACGCCGUGUCCCCUGGACAGCUGUCUUCAAAAUCUCCAAAGCUCUCUCCUGAAAUUUUUUCAACAUCCAUAAAUCUAUAAAUAUUAUUAAAAAUCUACAAAUAUAUAUUUAUAUUUAUAUGUAUACACUUAUCUACAUGUAUGAUGUGACGUGAUUUAUUAAAUCACAACUACUCAUGUGUCAUAGAUAUAGAUAUGGAUAUAAAUAUAUACAUAAAUAAAAUGCAGACUCACAUACAUAGGAAACAGACGUAAUACACACCACACCAUACAACAACAUUAUUAUACAUAAUUAACUCACCACAUGAUACAUAAAAAAAAAAUUAAAAAAAUAUAUGUUAUAAUAAUAAUAAUAAUUAAAUGUUGUAUUACCGCUUCUUUGUAAUACAUUAUACAGUUAUUAUUCUCUACGCAUAGUGUGACGCGACUUAUAUUAACGAAUUUUUAAUAAUAAUAAUUAUAUAUAUAUUUAUCAUGAAAAUAUGUGUAAGUACUCGUGUAUCACUGCGGGCACUUGGAUGACUGAAAAAUUCAUUUAAAAAAAAAAUCCUCACAAUUAGUUUGACAGAAAAUAUAAAAUGAUACUGAAGUUAACUGACGUCUAAUAAUUUUUGAAUUUUUUCCAAAUGAACAAAAGAAAAAAAAAAUAUUUUAAAAAAUUGCACCUCUAGUUUUUUUAAUUUUCUACUUGUGCAUAAUUUUUUUUUUUUUUUUUUUCAUUGUAAUCAAUUUGUUUAAAAAAUCCGGAAGUUUUGUCUGUUAACUUCAGGAUCGUGAUAUCAAACAAUUUUACUAAUUUUAAUUUGUAGAAAAAAAAAAUGCAAUGAUAUAUUGCUCACUCCGUCGCGCUCUCGUAGUUUAUAAAUUUUCGACACCAUGCUACCUGUGGCUUUUGAAUCUUAGUUUGUUUUUUUUUUUAUUACAAGAGGCUUUUCUUGUCAAGAGCUGUGCGAAAACAUGAGUAUGGAAUAAUAAUUAUAAUAUUAAUAAUAAUAAUUAAUAUAAUAUUAAUUAACUAAUGUCCGUAAAGCAAUGAAGACCCAGGAGAUAUUAUUUUGAUUAUCGUAUAUAUUAAUAGUUGUUUUCAUUGCGUAGUUAUAAUGCAAUCAUCUAAACACGGUGUACGAGUUUAUUUGUUACAUUACAUCGUAAUUAAAAUAAAAAAGAAAAAAUUAAUCAAGUAAAGUUAAUAAUAAUUUCGUAGUAAAUAAAGUCACUGAAAUAAUGAACAGUAAGUUGUAAAUUUAUAUGUCUGCUUUUUAUCACUACGCGAGAUUAAAGGAAGUUAAUUUUAUUUAAUGCUUUAGGGUAAUUACUGAUGCGUAAUAAUGUUAAAAAAAAACAAACACCACAUUAUGUAUAAUUCUCUAACCAUAUUUUUAAUCAAUGUUAUUAUUUUAAUAGUUGGAAAAGGUACAAUACAGCUCACGAGCUAAGAAAAAAAUUUUAAAAACCA